AUGGGAACCUGGCAGGACCUUUUUGCAGCGAAGAUUGCAGAUAUGCACUUAACAGAGCCGUGGACGCUUCAGGAGGAUGAUAGCCUGCAGGUGCAUGUCCUCAAGCCUGGCUGGAAGGAGUUUGUGCAGCGCCGUGCACUUGGGAGGUUUCGGUGCUCCCAGUGCUUUCAUGAGUGGUCCUCGGCUAAAGCACACAUCCUGUUCCACAUGCACCGGCACAGGGGCCAGGGCAUGGUAUUGAUGCGAGCCUUUCGCCAGGCAUGCAGGCGGUGUCCCGACCCCCAGCUGGAGGAGCCGGAAUUCAGCAAGGAGACCAUGGAGAGGCUUCUGCACAACCUGGUGCUAAAGAUCCUCAAGUACUUCUACCACCUGCCCAUCCAGCCCGCCAACCUCCUGGAAGUUGUGGUGGAUGCACCAGUGGCGGGGCCGCAUGACAUGCCAGCACGCGCUGUAGAAAAAGGCACGCAGGAGCUGGAGAAGAACCGUGUGGCCACUCAAGCCCAGCCCCUAGGAGAGAUGGACCCACUGUGGAUGGACACCUGGAGGGACAUAUUUUAUGAUCUGAUAGAUGAGAAGCCAGAGGAUGAGUGGGACCUGAAGAUGGUCCAGGGUCUCACUCCCAAAGUCCUCCCCUGGGGCUGGAUGCAGGUGGUGGAGGAGCAUGGUUGGCCAGCUCCCUAG